UCAGGAUCCAUUCAUCCAGGAAGACAGUUCACAACUCAAGCAAAAUGAAAUUCGUAGUUUUGGCUCUUGCUCUUAUUGGCACUGCCUCAGCUGGAUUUGUCGCCCCAGCUUACACCGGCUACUCCGCUCCAGUUGUAGGUGCCGCCUACUCUGCUCCAUUGGUAGGUGCUGCUUACCAUGCCCCAGCUGUUGCGGCUGCUCCAGUCGCUUAUUCAGCUCCAGCUGUAGCUGCUGCUCCAGUUGCUUACUCUGCCACAUUUGCUAAGCCAGUCGCCUACACUGCCCCAGCCGUCGCUACUGCCGCUGUUGCCGCUACCCCAGUCGCUUACACUGCCCCAGCCGUUGCUGCCGCUCCAGUUGCUUAUUCAGCUCCAGUUGUUAAGUCACUCGCUUACACUGCUCCUGCUGUUGCUGCUCCAAUCGCCACUGGCUUCCAUGCUGGAUACGUCGCCCCAGCUGUUGACUACUGGAAGAAGAAGGCUGCUGCUUAAGUUGUGAAUUGUUUUACAGGAAUGGAAUUAAAGGCACAAUAAACUGAUAAAAUGGA